UUUCAACGGCUGAAGUAUCGGAGACUUGGAUCUUCUACGACGCAGAGUUCUGGACGAACCCCGAGAAGUUUUCCGCACACUGAGCAGAAGGUAUGAAAAAUGACAAUCAUGUGAGAAAGUGGAUCUACUGGUGAUCAUGAUGUGCCAAAGAUGCAAUGACAACUUACCCGUGCCAGUUCUCUUUCAAGCAGCCUAGUUUUGGCUUGGUGCCUGUAUCCAGAGACGUUCGCGGCAGCGUCCUUAACGUCUCAGAGACUCUCGUGGGUGCUGGAACGCUGCAGGAAUGUGCGUCACCUUCCUCGGGACGUUCUACGAGUCGCUGAAGGAGGACGGUGUCAAAUUUAGCAGUGACGACAUCGAGAAGGCGCUCGUGAAGAGCUGCAGGGACGCCAAAGGCAAAGACAACCGAUUCUGUUACUACAUCGGAGCGACGAGCGACGCAGCCACCAAGAUGAUCAACGAGGUGACAAAGCCGCUCAGCUACCACGCUCCUGUGGAGAAGAUCUGCGAGAAGCUGAAGAAGAAGGACGCUCAGAUCUGCGAGCUCAAAUACGACAAGCAGCUGGACUUGAGCACCGUGGACCUGAAGAAGCUCAAAGUAAAGGACCUGAGGAAGAUCCUGGAGGAAUGGGGCGAGACUUGCAAGGGCUGUGCUGAGAAGUCCGACUUCAUCCGCAAAAUCACAGAACUCAUGCCAAAGUAUGCGCCGAUGGCUGCAAAAGCUCGGACUGACCUGUGAGUGCUGCACGUCUAUCGUGACAACAACUCCUGUCUCGGACUCGGGUGGAGCUCCUGUGAAGUGAGGCGACGCUCCGGGAGGACUUUACACUCAGACAUUGGAGUCUCCUCACCUCAUGACGGAGCAGCUCUCUCCUCACUUACUUCAAAGAUACCACCAGUGAGGGGCGUCCUCUCCCCCCCCCCCCCCAGAUCCCAAAACAGAUGAACUCCAGAACCCAACUCCACAAUGACACUUGUGGCCCUGAGAAGUCACAUCUGCAAGUCCCACACAGAUCAGGACAUCAUUUGGUGGUGGGAGUCUAGCUUGUUUAUUUGGGACGCGAGGUCUGCACCUCGACCUGCGGAGCAGGCAAAUAUCUCGAGUCCAUGUCUUUGAUAUUUAUUAGGAACAGAAGGUGCUUCGUCAGGAGAUGAAAGAUGUGGUUCUAGUUUUGAGUUCUGGAACAGUGCAGGAUCUACAUGUUUCGGAAAGGAGAUUGUUUCUUUUCAACUUUUGCAUUAAAAGAUGAAAACAAUGUUUGCGUUUUCUUGCAUCAACUGGGCUGAGUCCUCAUUCACACGUCUGUCAACAUUUCAAAUGUUGCAGUUUUGUGAUUUCUCUGCUCACAGCUGAAUGUUUUCUAUCAUGUGCUCUGAUGCUCCUGA